CUAGGCACAGCUGAAUAUCUGACGACGGGGAUGAUGGCUGGUUGCGGUAAAGUGCCCUCGACUGCGCCACAGCAAAAGCUACGGUCCGUCGCAUCUCCAGCGCGUCUCUGUGAUUGUGCAUUGUGCAUUGCCCUAUUCCGGCUUGCCAGUCUUUUCUGUCACUUCUGCCCCUGCGUACCUAGUAUCAAGUCAAGUUCUUCUCCUGUGUAACUUACGUGUAAGGCUGGCCCCUCCUGCUUGGUCCCACCUUGGAAAUCUCAGGGCGCGCCACAUCAGGGCUGUGUAGAAUUUCUGACCGUUGUGGCAAUUCGAAUCUAAUGUCACAAUAUUAACAACU